AUUUCGAGUCUUGACACCUUCUUUUUAUGUUCAAAAAUUCCAGUCUAAAGGCAUCUGGGUAUCCCAAUCCCAAUCCCAUCCCACCUUUUGAUGUAGCUAGCCUAGCAUUUAUUAUUCUGCAUCCAGCUGACCUGACCUGUUCUGGGUUUUCUCAAAUCUUGACUAAUAGUGCCAAGUCCUGGCCAAGUUCUAAACUUCCUAAAGUACUUCUUCUAUCCCAAUGAUAAGGAGACACAUUAUGAGUCGUGUCAUUUCUUGAAUCUUCUGAAUAGGAAUGGCAGGCAAUCUCAUUCCGUAAUGUAGAAGCCCAACGGCCUUUGUGGACUCGGCUAUUCCUCACUUCUUUGUGUUUGUUUCUCUGUGAAGUUUACGUAGAUAGACACCAUGGAAGAGACAUUUGUGCCAUUUCGCGGAAUCAAGAAUGACCUCCAAGGUAGAUUAUUGUGUUACAAGCAAGAUUGGACGGGUGGUUUCAGGGCAGGCCUCAGGAUACUGGCUCCCACCACAUAUAUAUUCUUUGCUUCGGCGAUCCCGGUUAUUUCAUUUGGUGAACAACUGGAGAGAAACACUGAUGGAGUUUUGACAGCAGUUCAAACCUUAGCAUCCACUGCUAUUUGUGGGAUUAUACACUCUAUCAUUGGUGGUCAACCUUUGCUGAUUUUAGGAGUUGCAGAACCCACUGUGAUAAUGUACACGUUCAUGUAUAACUUUGCUAAGCAGAGACCAGAUUUGGGUCAUAACCUCUUUCUUGCCUGGACUGGAUGGGUAUGUGUGUGGACUGCAAUCUUGCUGUUCCUACUGGCUAUCUUAGGAGCUUGCUCCAUUAUCAAUAGGUUUACCCGUGUGGCUGGGGAAUUGUUUGGUUUGCUAAUCGCAAUGCUUUUCAUGCAGCAAGCUAUCAAAGGACUAGUGGAAGAGUUUAGCAUUCCACAGCGAGAAAAUUCAAAUUUAACUGAGUUUAUACCUUCUUGGAGAUUUGCAAAUGGGAUGUUUGCUUUGGUUCUGUCGUUUGGCCUUCUGCUCACUGCAUUACGAAGCCGAAAAGCAAGGUCAUGGCGAUAUGGGACUGGUUGGCUUAGAAGUCUUGUUGCUGAUUAUGGAGUGCCACUUAUGGUUCUAGUGUGGACAGCUGUGUCGUACAUACCAGCUGGAAGUGUUCCAAAAGGGAUCCCACGUCGCCUCUUUAGCCCGAAUCCAUGGUCUCCUGGUGCAUAUGAGAAUUGGACUGUUAUUAAGGACAUGCUAAAUGUGCCCAUUCUCUAUAUACUUGGAGCUUUUGUUCCUGCAACCAUGAUUGCGGUACUUUAUUAUUUUGACCACAGUGUGGCAUCUCAACUGGCUCAACAAAAGGAAUUCAAUUUGAGAAAACCACCUUCUUUCCAUUAUGACUUGCUGCUUUUGGGGUUCUUGACCUUAAUGUGUGGUCUGCUUGGAAUCCCUCCAUCGAAUGGCGUGAUCCCACAAUCCCCAAUGCAUACAAAGAGCCUAGCUACCCUCAAACAUCAGUUGCUUCGAAAUCGACUCGUUGCUACAGCACGCCAAAGUAUGAGGAAGAACUCAAGCUUGGGAAAGUUGUAUGGGAAUAUGCAAGAAGCCUAUCAACAAAUGCAAACUCCUUUGAUUUACCAGGGGCACUCAGCUCAAGGUCUGAAGGAGUUAAAAGAAUCCACAAUUCAAUUAGCAUCAAGCACGGGAAACAUUGAUGCCCCAGUUGACGAGACAGUUUUUGAUGUGGAGAAGGAUAUUGAUGAGUUAUUGCCUGUUGAGGUAAAAGAACAACGUCUAAGUAACUUGCUUCAAGCCACUAUGGUGGGAGGAUGUGUUGCUGCCAUGCCUUUCCUCAGAAUGAUUCCAACCUCAGUCCUGUGGGGAUACUUUGCUUUUAUGGCAAUUGAAAGUUUACCGGGUAACCAAUUUUGGGAUAGAAUAUUACUGCUGUUUACUGCCCCCAGCAGAAGAUACAAAGUUUUGGAGGACAACCAUGCCACCUUUGUGGAGACUGUACCAUUCAAGACAAUUGCAACAUUUACAAUAUUCCAGACAACAUAUUUGCUUAUUUGUUUCGGUAUUACAUGGGUUCCACUUGCAGGGGUUUUGUUCUCUUUGAUGAUCAUGCUUUUGGUUCCUGUAAGACAAUACCUUCUACCCAAGUUUUUCAAAGGAGCACACCUUCAGGAUUUGGAUGCAGCAGAAUUUGAAGAGGCACCAGCUGUACCAUUUAAUCUUGCCACAGAGGGAGACCUGGGUGCUAGAGCCUCUUUUGCAGAUGGUGGAGAGAUUUUAGAUGAGAUUAUUACCAGAAGUCGUGGUGAAAUCAGGCACGUGUGCAGUCCUAAGGUGACUAGCUCCACUGCAACCCCUGCAAGAGAUACUAAACUUCUUCAGAGCCCCCGCUUCUCAGAGAAGGCAUAUAGUCCUCGCAUUAAUGAACUAAAAGGGGAGCUGAGUCCACGAUCAAGCGGAAGAGGACCUUUGAGUCCAAGAACUGGAGAACCAAAGCCAUCUAAUUUGGGAAUAAGUCCACGUACCUCAACUUCAAAUUAGUCAGACAAAAUUGAGUGACUUAAUCUGCUGCAAAUCUUAGAUGGUUUAUAUAUCAUUUCGUAUUUGCGGUUGUUGGUUCACUGUGUUUUUGGUUUGGAGUUUGUUCGUCUUCUUUCUUUGCCUUUGGGAGAAAAGAUCCAUAUCGUUAGACUUGCAUUGCUUUUUGUGUAGUAUCAAUAAACUUGCGUUACUUCCUUGUAAUAUAAUAGACAUGU